AUGGCCCCCGCAUCAACUGUCAACCAGAUCCCACAGGUGGACGCAACCGCCGCCUCCAAUGGCAAGGCCAAAACGACCGUGGACAGAGGCUCAAUGAAGCUCUCUCUGAACAUGAAGCCAGUCAAGUACGACGACCCGUACCAGCAACGACAGCAUCUCAAGGAACGUCUCGCUUUGGGCUUCCGCAUUUUCGCCAAGAACGGCUUUGAUGCAGGCGUGGCUGGCCAUAUCACUGUUCGCGACCCAGUCGAGCCAGGGACCUUCUGGCUGAACCCAUUCGGCGUCCCGUGGCCUCUGCUCAAGGCAUCUGAUUUGAUCCGGGUGGACGAGAACGGUGAGGUCGUCGAGGGCGGCCCUGUGAGACUGCUCAACACCGCCGCGUAUAUGAUCCACCACGCCGUCCACGAAGCCAGGCCCGAAAUCAACUGCGUAGCCCAUUCCCACUCUCUCUACGGCCAGGCCUUCUCCACCCUCGGCCGCAACCUCGACAUCAUCAGCCAAGACACGUGCGCCUUCUACAACGACGUCGUCUUGUACGACAACUUUGGCGGGAUCGUGCUGGGUAAGGAGGAGGGCAUCCGCAUCGCAAAGGCGCUGGGAGAGAAGAAGGCCGCCAUCCUGCAGAACCACGGCCUCAUCACCUGCGGUAAAUCGGUCGAGAGCUGCGUGUAUUGGUUCCUCAGCCUGGAGCGCUGCUGCCACCAGCAGCUCCUCGCCGAUGCCGCCGCGGGAGGUCGUGGUCACUUGACCACCAAGGUUGAGCAGGAGGAUGCCGAGUUCACAUACAAGUCUAUCGGUACCGAGAUGGCGGGAUGGUUUUCUGCGAAGCCGGCCUUCGACAUGAUGGAGCACGAGUCCGGGGUAUCAUACAAAAUGUAA